CUCCUCGACCUGACUCGUUGAGUUCCGCGGAGCGGAUGCCUAUUUGAAUGACAGCUGAUCUGACCAUAGAGAGCGCGCGUGUACCCGUCGCACUGCCGGAAUGAACGAAUUGGGUGUGAGUCUGAGGGCGGUGCUUGGAUUUGUGGGUGGUCAGGUUAGGUUGAAACAAUGAAGUGACCAUGACGACGCUGUGGAUGUGCUGUGGGCUUGAGUUAUAAUUGAUGGGAGACAUUUAACUUCGCUUCAUACCACCGCUCCUUUUCUCGGUUUUAGAAAAGUUCACCCCUCUAGCCGUAUCGAGGCAAUUAAUAAUGCAAUGUUUAUCAAUAUUUAAAGCAUAUUAUCUUAUAUAGAGUGAAUGGAGUAAGGACGACUGUAGUAGCUCAAGAUGAAGGGACUAUAUUGUCACUUGGCUGAAUUGAAUGAAGACGUAAAGUUUGUGUUUCAAGACAAGGAAUCUGUUCCUAGUGUAUAUGACCAUUAUGUCAAAUUACAAGUUAAAGUUUGCGCUUUUAGUCCUUUGAAUAUAAAGCUGUUGAUGGAACUAAAACUGCAGGAAGAUUUCUUACCAAUUGGAAGAGAAGUUGCUGGAGUUGUUCUUGAAGUUGGACCAAAAGUGAGCUUCUUUAAGCCAAAUGAUGAAGUAGUUGGUAUUCUACCUUUGGAUUGUAAAGAAUCUGGACUUUCCAAUACUCUGCUGGUUCACGAACACAGUCUUGUAAAGAAACCUGAAAACGUGAGCUGGGUGGAUGCUGCAGGGACUAUUUGUGAUGGAUUGCGUGCAUAUAUGGCCCUGCACACGCACACUCAUGUCAGUGCUGGGACAACUGUGUUAGUAAUGGAAGGAGCAAACCCAUUUGGUACUAUUGUUAUUCAGUUGGCUCACCAUCGAGGAGCUAAAGUAAUUUCUACUGCAAGCACAGUUGAGGACAAAAUGUACUUGGAAGGAUUGAGACCAACUGUUGGCAUCAGACAACCUUUGGUAGCCCGGGUGGUCAAUUUAUACGAUGGGAAGAUUGACCUUGUGGACAGUUGUUUAGAAGAAACAGGUGGUCUGGGUGUGAACAUCGUGAUAGACUGUGGAGUGCAGCUUUACAGCAAGGAAGAUGAACCAGUUGCCAAACAACAUCUCCCACAUAAACAUGACAUCCUCAGUCUUCUGUCUGUUGGAGGUCACUGGGUAACAACAGUGGAGAACCUGCAGCUGGAUCCUCCAGAUAGUCAAUUUCUAUUUCGUAAAGCAGCAACCAUUUCAUUCCUAAAUGAGGAAGUGUGGCAACUAUCAAACAUGCAUCAAGGGAAAUAUCUCCAUAUUUUGAAAGACGUGAUGGAGAAGCUGUCCUGUGGAACUUUUCGGCCUCAGUUGGAUGAACCCAUUCCAAUAUAUGAAGCCUCAGUUGCUAUGGAGAUGGUUCAGAAGAAACAAGUCAAGAAAAAACAAGUUGUUCGGCUUUGAGACAGUGUCAUGAUAACUAAUUUCUGUAAACCGCCAAAAACUGGUGUUGAUUCCCAAAGCAUCUGUGUUAUUCUGGGCAAAUCAGCAGCUUCAAUUCCACUUCAGUACUUGAUUAUAUCCACCUGUUUCCUUACAAUGCUGUAGUAUGUACCAGAAAAGCUGAUCAUUUGUAACAGCAAGAAUGUGGUUCACUGCAUUUAUUUGACCUCAGGACUAAUUUCAAAUUGUUUUGAAACACUCUGAAAUCAUAUGAAAAGAUGUAUCCAGAGAUUGAAUUUUGCUAGUUUCUAGCUUAUACUGCCCCUUAUCAACAGAGUGGUUGAUGCACCACCUAGAAUAUAAGAUUGCAGUAGUAUAGCCUGCUUGUCUCCAAGGUCAGCUUGGUAGUGUAUUGCUGGUAAGGAAACAGUCCAAGUCUGAAUGAGCUGCAUUGAAUUUAAUGGUGAGUCCUAUUGUUGUCAUGUAAUAUUGCAACAGCUCCCUAACUAUAACCACACUGGAAACAAAAGACCAUUUUUUAAAAAACUUUGGAUAAUGUUAAACUAUUUCAAAACCGCACCAUGUAACCUUUUCUCUGCUUCUAUAGCAAGAGUGAAAAAGAAAUUAGCUUAAUUUGGCUGUGUACCCGCAAGUCCUUCUAAAUUAAACUUUUUUUUCUUUCCGGGCUGGUUAGUGUGAGUUGUUUAUAGUUCCCUGCACUAGUUUAGUCAAGCAUGUUGGCUCAAGCCUGAGCCUUUGUAAUCCCAGUGAAAUCAUUGUCUGCUCUGGGCUGAAGCAAUUCUCAGUCCAGCAGUCUCUGACAAUUAUAGAAAGAAGUUGAAUGGGCAAUAAAUAAAAGUUUUAGAAAGCC